CAGCAAUCUUCACCCUCCCAUCGUUUCCUCUAAUUCAGCGACGACACGACGCUUAGAUUCCAUGAGAUUUCACUCUCCCAUUACCUCUACUACCGCAUAGAGUACCUGCUUUCAUCAUCUACCUCACAUCACAAUAAGAUGUCGCUCUGCAAAGCUACCAUGCCGUCUCCGGUGACAUCAUCCGCCACGAUUCUAGGCUGGUUGAGACAGUCGUCCACCAGACGCUCAGCGCAGACCUCUCGUCUGUUCUCUUCAUAUGGAAAUACCCACCGCUCCUCGAAGCGUGAUAUGCAGACUGCUACCGCCUACCGUCCACACUCGCUGCCCACCUCUUUCCCGCCGCCCCGGAGCGGCGGCACCGACUCUUCCAUCGCCGCAGACUUCCCUUCAUUUCGCGAGAUGAGCCAGCCCCAGAUGCCCGGCCAGGAAGGAUUUUCCAACUUGAGCCUCAGAGAAAGCGAAGCCCAGAAGUCCAAGCCCGUCGAGACCACCUCCACCGCCCCUUCAACCACCACAGCCAAACCCACCGAAAAGCCCCGCCGGAAGCUGCGUGCCAGGAAGGCCGCAAUGAAGCUGACUCCUGUGGCGAUCGAGCAGCUUCGCAAGCUCCUAUCACAGCCCGACCCCAAGCUGAUCCGAGUCGGUGUAAAGAACCGCGGCUGCUCCGGACUCGCCUACCACCUCGAAUACGUGGAAAAGCCGGGCACUUUCGACGAGGUGGUGGAACAGGACGGCGUUAAGGUCCUCAUCGACAGCAAGGCUUUGUUCAGCAUCAUCGGCAGCGAGAUGGACUGGCUGGAAGACAAGCUGAGCAGGAGAUUCGUCUUCCGCAACCCCAAUAUUAAGGAACAAUGCGGAUGCGGCGAAUCCUUCAUGGUAUAAUUUCUCGAUCGGAACGAGAUUUAAUGUGUUCUUCAUAUUAUACGGAUGAUUGUAUGGGUUUUCGCGUUUGUGCAUUGGCCGGCGUU